CAGGAGCUUCAGACCUUUAUCCCACUGCUGCCGCUGCUGAUGAGGAUGAGGAGGAUGAGGAGGAUGAGGAGGAUGAUGAUGCUCUGCGUCUCCGAAUGAAGCCGCUGCCAAUGGCCCGCUGCUGGACGGCUGCACGAUGAACAUCCAGGCUUUUUACAGUCAAAUGUCUGGAAGUACAACUAUUAUGGAUGUGCUGUGUUUCCUGUGGAUACUGCCGACGGUGUGGGCCGUGGAGGAAGUCCUAAUGGAUUCAACAACAGCAACAGCAGAACUGGGCUGGACCAUCCACCCAUCACAGGGGUGGGAGGAAGUUAGCGGCUAUGAUGAAAACAUGAACACCAUCCGCACAUAUCAGGUUUGCAAUGUCUUUGACAGCAGCCAAAACAACUGGGUACGCACCAAGUACAUCCGUCGCCGGGGUGCACAGCGGAUCCACGUCCAGAUGAAGUUCUCAGUGCGUGACUGCAGCUCAAUACCAAAUGUUCCAGGUUCCUGCAAAGAGACGUUUAACCUCUACUACUAUGAGUCUGACUCUGACAUGGCAACUAAGGUGUCCCCGCUUUGGAUGGAAAACCCCUGGGUAAAAGUGGACACAAUAGCAGCUGAUGAGAGCUUCUCUCAGGUCGACCUGGGCGGCCGUAUCAUGAAGAUCAACAGUGAAGUCCGGAGUUUUGGACCUGUUUCACGCAAUGGCUUCUAUCUCGCUUUUCAGGAUUAUGGCGCCUGCAUGUCACUCAUUGCUGUGCGUGUCUUCUACAGGAAAUGUCCCAGAGUUGUCCUGAAUGGUGCUGUCUUUCCCGAGACUCUGUCUGGGGCAGAGAGCACCUCUCUGGUGGCAGCUAGAGGGGUGUGUGUUCCCAAUGGGGAGGAGGUGGAUGUGCCCAUUAAGUUGUACUGUAAUGGAGAUGGGGAGUGGAUGGUACCCAUCGGCCGUUGCAUGUGCAAAGCUGGGUAUGAACCGGUGGACAAUGGUACCGUGUGCAGAGCCUGUGUGUCAGGGUUCUCCAAAGCUGCACAGGGAGACCACAAGUGCCAGCAGUGCCCAAUCAACAGCAGAACUAUUAGUGAAGGAGCAACGAACUGCGUUUGUCGUAGUGGCUACUACCGCACUGACUCGGACCCCCCACAAAUGCCUUGUACCACUGUUCCGUCAGCGCCACAGAACGUUAUCUCUAUAGUGAACGAGACUUCUCUGAAGCUGGAGUGGAGCUCACCACAGGAGGGCGGCGGGCGUGAAGAUAUCGUCUACAACAUCAUUUGUAAGAGCUGUGGAAGCGGCCGUGGCGGCUGUACUCGCUGUGGAGACAAUGUGCAGUUUGUCCCACAUCAGCUGGGACUGACUGACACCCACGUCCACAUCAGUGACCUCCUUGCUCAUACCCAGUACACCUUUGAAAUACAAGCUGUCAACGGAGUGUCCGACCAGAGUCCCUACUCACCGCAGUACACAUCUGUCAACAUCACUACGAACCAGGCUGCACCGUCAGCUGUGUCCAUCAUCCAUCAGGUCAGCAGAACUCCGACCAGCAUCACAUUGUCCUGGUCCCAGCCUGACCAGCCCAACGGAGUUAUCCUGGACUAUGAACUUCAGUAUUAUGAGAAGAACCAGGCAGAGUGGAAUUCAUCUCUAAUAAGGAGUCAGACCAACACUGCAGUCAUACGAGGCCUGAAGCCUGGGACCAUCUACGUCUUUCAGGUCCGCGCUCGUACUGUUGCUGGAUUUGGACGCUUUAGUGGCAAAAUGUAUUUUCAAACUAUGACUGAAGAGGAAUACAACUCUAAUAUCCAGGAGAAUCUCCCCCUCAUCAUCGGCUCAGCUGCAGCUGGAGUAGUCUUCAUCAUUGCCAUUACUGUCUUCAUCAUUGUUUGUCGCAGCAGGAGGUCUUCAGAUAGACCAGAAUCGGAGUACACAGACAAACUCCAACACUACACCAGUGGUCAUAAAGUGUCACCAGGAAUGAAGAUCUACAUUGACCCUUUCACGUAUGAAGAUCCUAACGAAGCAGUCCGAGAGUUUGCCAAGGAGAUAGACAUUGCCUGUGUAAAGAUUGAACAAGUGAUUGGUGCAGGAGAGUUUGGGGAGGUGUGCAGUGGAAACCUUCGGCAGCCUGGGAAGAGAGAGAUCCUAGUGGCUAUAAAGACGCUGAAGGCAGGUUACACUGAGCGCCAGAGGCGGGACUUCCUGAGUGAGGCAUCCAUCAUGGGCCAGUUUGACCACCCCAACAUCAUCCAUCUGGAGGGAGUGGUGACCAAGAGCACCCCUGUGAUGAUAAUCACUGAGUUCAUGGAGAACGGAUCCCUCGACUCAUUUCUCAGGCAAAAUGAUGGGCAGUUCACAGUCAUCCAGCUGGUGGGGAUGUUGCGUGGCAUUGCAGCGGGUAUGAAGUAUCUGUGUGACAUGAACUACGUCCAUCGAGACCUGGCGGCCCGGAACAUCCUGGUCAACAGCAACCUGGUGUGCAAAGUGUCUGACUUCGGCCUGUCACGUUUCUUAGAGGACGAUACCUCAGACCCCACAUACACCAGUGCUUUGGGAGGAAAGAUUCCUAUUCGAUGGACAGCACCUGAAGCCAUUCAGUACAGGAAGUUCACGUCCUCUAGUGACUGCUGGAGCUACGGCAUAGUCAUGUGGGAGGUGAUGUCCUAUGGAGAGAGACCCUACUGGGACAUGAGCAAUCAGGAUGUCAUUAAUGCCAUAGAACAGGACUACAGGUUGCCACCUCCUAUGGACUGUCCCAGUGCACUGCACCAACUGAUGCUCGACUGCUGGCAGAAAGAUCGCAACAACAGGCCCAAAUUUACCCAGAUUGUGAGCACCUUGGACAAGAUGAUCCGUAACCCCAACAGCCUCAAGGCCAUGACACCACUGUCAUCGAGUGUUCACCUACCUCUACUUGACCGCAGCACUCCAGACUUCUCCUCUUUCAGUACAGUGGAUGAGUGGCUGGAUGCCAUUAAGAUGGGCCAGUACAAGGAGAACUUCGCCAGUGAAGGCUUCAACACCUUUGAUGUGGUGUCUCAAAUGACCAUGGAGGACAUACUCAGAGUUGGAGUGACACUGGCUGGUCACCAGAAGAAGAUCCUCAACAGUAUUCAGUCCAUGAGGGCCCAGAUGAACCAGAUCACAUCAGUGGAGGUGUGAGUUCAGGAACCAGGAGCUGAACACUGGCUCUGCAUACUGAAUAAAGCCCAGCAGCCAUCACUCCAGCACUCUCCUGGAUCCUACGUGGAGGACUGAGUACCUGAACAAUGACCGACUCCGAUCCGACCUCAGCUUCACCUUCCACCCCCCCUCCUCUGAACUCCUUCUAAAAGGUUGUGUGAGACUGUGGCUCUUUGGUCGUAUUUGUAGUAACUGCUAUGUGUCCAGGUGAUGAUGAGGUUUGGUGUUGCAGUUGGACAUAACCACAAUCCUGCCUCAGUGCUCAAUCUGCCCCGCCCAUUUUUCUUAAAAAAGAAUAUUUUGGUAUUUGAAGUCAUUUUACUGAAUCCUGUACUUUCUGGAA